AUGUUUUCUAUUUCAUUUACUUUAAGAAAUAAAGGAAUUGAACCAAUUAAACAUGUAGGGCUUUUGCUGAAUAGACGUGUUAAUUUUUUUUCAACAUCUUUAAAUUUAAAAAUGAAUUCUGUAAUUUUAGAGAGCUUAAGACGAAGUAAACGUUCAAAACAAUCACGAUAUUUCUCUAGUUCCCCUUCUGGUCCUUUGGAGAUUACAGUACGUGAUGCGUUAAAUCAUGCAUUAGCAGAAGAGAUGGAGCGUGACGAGAAAGUAUUUCUUCUUGGUGAAGAGGUUGCAUUGUACAAUGGUGCUUAUAAGGUUUCUAGAGGAUUAUUUGAUAAAUUUGGAGAAAAAAGGAUUAUUGAUGCACCUAUCACAGAAGCAGGAUUUGCAGGGCUUUGUGUAGGAUCUGCUCUGGCUGGACUAGUUCCUGUUUGUGAAUUUAUGGCUAUUGAUCAUAUUGUAAAUUCUGCUGCUAAAACAUAUUAUAUGUCAGGUGGUAUUCAGCCGUGUAAUAUUACGUUUAGAGGACCUAAUGGUGUCGCUGCGGGUGUUGCUGCACAGCAUUCGCAAGAUUUUUCACCCUGGUAUGGAUCAAUACCCGGACUAAAGGUUGUUAGUCCUUAUUCGGCGGAAGAUGCAAAAGGGUUAUUGAAGGCUGCAAUUAGAGACCCUAAUCCUGUUGUUGUUCUUGAAAAUGAAAUUUUGUAUGGGGCUACGUUUACCCUUUCUCCUGAAGCACAAGACAAAGAUUUUGUAAUUCCUAUUGGAAAAGCAAAGAUUGAAAAAGAAGGGAAGGAUGUCACAUUAGUUUCUCAUUCAAUUUGCGUUGGAAUUUGCUUAGAUGCUGCUAAAAAAUUAAAAGAAGAAGGUAUUGAUGCGGAAGUUAUUAAUUUAAGAAGUAUUCGUCCUAUGGAUGUUGUUGCAAUUGUAGAGAGUAUUAAAAAAACAAACCGAUGUGUAGCAGUUGAUGGUGCAUUUCCUAACUUUGGCAUUUCAAGCGAGGUAGUUGCAAGAAUCAUGGAAAGUGAAGCUUUUGACUAUUUGGAUGCUCCUGUAGAAAGAGUAACCGGUGCUGAUGUACCGAUGCCUUAUGCAACAGCAUUAGAAGCACUUUCAUUUCCUGACGCUGAUGUUGUUGUUCUUGCUGCUAAAAAAACACUUUAUCUUUGA